AUGACAGAGGAGUUGUUUACGUUCACUGAAAAAAUAGAGUUUGACGAACUUCUCUUUCAUUCAUCAAACACAUUACUGACUGCUUUGACAGAGACUCUCGUAAAUAGAAACACUAGCAAAUCAAAACAAAACGCUAACUUACUCCUUCGAUAUUUCUUUAGUCACUCUCGCGGCGUUGACCUUUUAAUGUGGGCUUUUGAGCGCGAGUUGACUGAAAAUCCACCCGAGUCCAAGUAUUUUCCCUUCCAAUCUGGAACAUCCACAUUCAUCAACUUCUUUUCAGAGUACUUCAAGAUUUACUUGAAAGACUAUUUCCAAGCUGUCAUGACACCGUUUUUGAAUGAAGUGUUGAGUGAUACGAGUCACAUAGAGGUAGCUGCUUUUCAGAACAAUUCACUUGAAAAUGAAGAUGAAAUAAAAGUCGAGUUUUAUGAAAAGUCGUUGAUAGCGCUGAAAGAUGUUAUUGAUCAUUUGAACACAAAUUUAAUGGGAUAUGCGGAUAGAAUCCCAUUACACUUUUUUGUCCUGAUGGAACGCAUGAAGGAAAGGAUGAAUAACAACUCAGCUACAAACAAAUUGCUUAUUAAGGUGUUACUCUACCAAUUUAUAAUAUGCCCAAUAUUAGAUGACCCAACACUCAUCGGAUACAAACAACCACAAUGGUCGUUGUUGUCAAGGAUACACAAAUUAACAUUCAUCAGAGACACCGUGUUCGAUUUAUAUAAACAUGACGGACACAUGGAGUUUUCAUAUGUAGUGGCAUUAUCGAAACAACUUGGACAGUCCUUUGACGAUGUGUUCGACCGAUUGGCCACACCAGUUGAGUUUGAGGAAGUCCAAGAACCUCCUGCGUCCCAAAGUGCGCUUCACAAACAAAUGUCGAAAAUGAUUAAAAUGAACAUCCAAAUUGUGAUUGAUUAUUUGCCAACAAGAAUAUCAGAAAAAUUGUUGGAUAUCAUUAAAGCAGACCCUUAUAUUUUUGACGAUUAUUGCUUAUACAGAGCAGUGCUGGGGAGUAUCAGUUUGUAUUGUUUGUACUACACACGGCAAAUGGAAAAGUGCAUCAGCGAUAGUUCACAGAAACGUAAUGAGUUGAACGCACUUCAGAAUGAACUCGCCCAAAUGAAGACCAAAUUACUUGAAAAAAAGAAAAACAACGAAAAACUGUUGAAGGAAGUCGACAUACUCACUGGGGGAAAAGUGCCCUCGUCUUUGAAAAUGAAUACUCCGCCAAAUUUGACGUGUAGUGCAUUCGAGUUCCAACACAAAGAAAGAACAACACCACUCCCGUUGUAUAACAACACCGUCCUCCAACCAGAGAGGAUUAAGAAAAGAACGAGAAAGGGGUCGUUAGUUGAUUUUAUCAUCAGAAAGAAAGACAAAUAG